GUUCAGGCUCCACAUGAACUUGAAGUCGAGGAUGAACAUUUCCCAGCUGGCCCUAUUGAAGAGACAAAUGAAUGUUCAUCUACUCCAAAAAGUGUGGCAAUGUCACAACCAUUACCAAUCGAUUUACUGCCAGCUGAAACCGUAAAAGCUGAUGAGGAAUUCGAAGGAGGAUUGAGAGUGAUACUUACCGACUAUAGAAUCUGUCUUCUCGCCCCCAACAAUCGUGCUCUGCGGGUGAUUCUUAUUGUAGCCAUAGAAACAAUCGAUUUCCGAGAUCCUCUGCAGAUUAUUAUCAGCUGCAAAGAAGGUCGUGUUGCUUGUUUACGAGCUAAAACGACGGAGAGUGCGAUUUCAUGGCAUAAAAUGCUCUACAGAGCUGCGAAUCGUGUCAAUUGUCAAGAAUUGUUCGCAUGGAGUUUCGCCAGACAGGUGAGAAAGUCGAAGUACUCGUGGUUAACCGACACAGAACCUGUCGGCGAUGAAGUGCUUGUUCGCAAAGAAUUUGCCCGCCUCGACUACGAUCGUGAUCAUUUUCGGGUUUCCGAUGAUAAUAAGGGAUUCACGUUGUCACCUACUUAUCCGGAGUAUAUGGUCAUUCCUAAAGAAAUCAGUCGUGAGGAUUUAGUAUACGGGAAGGAUUUUCGUUUUCUCCAACGAUGGCCUGCAGUGGUGUGGAAGUGUAAAGAAACGAGAGCCGUCUUACUACGCAGUAGUCAGCCAGGGCUAAGUAUUUUUGGUUGGAGAAAUAAUGCCGACGAAAAGUUCUUUGAAUUGGUUCACAAAUAUCUUGACACCUAUUGCGCGGCAGCUUGGGCCAAUCGUGCGAAAGGAGGAGGUUUUGAACAUCCAGAGUAUUACCAGCGAACUCGCGUUGACUGGCUGGCUUUGCCGAACAUUCACCAUGUGCGAUAUUCAUUCCAUCAGUUGCGAGCAUUGCUCUGUUCUAAUCAGAAUAAAACUGGCGAGUCGUAUCUCACGGCAUUGGAAGCAACUGGCUGGUUAAAAUACAUCAAAGACUUGAUGAAUUCUGCUCGAAAAUGUGUCGACACGCUUUUCGAUGGCCAGUCCGUGUUGGUCCAUUGCUCAGACGGAUGGGACAGAACGACGCAGAUCGUUUCAUUGGCGAAGUUAAUGGGUGACGAGUAUUAUCGAACUGUACAGGGUUUCGAGGAGUUGAUUCGUCUCGAAUGGGUUGCAUUUGGCCAUAAGUUUGCCGAUCGAAAUGGCAUUAUGGGCACAAACAACAAUGAACAGUCGCCGAUCUUUUUGCAGUUUUUGGAUGCUGUUCAUCAAAUGCAACAUCAACUGCCGACUGCUUUCGAAUUCAACAAGCAGUAUCUGCGGUAUGCAUCCCCUUCUGCCGGCCCGUUUUCGGUAUCGAAGCCGGUCUGUAAUAGAAUUUUUACCUACGGGGUUGAAUUUGGCUCGAAUUUUCUUGAGUUAGGUGGACACCUGGAACCCAGGACACAGUUCAUAGGAAGAAUCUCAUCAAGGGGUUCCCCUCCCCAAAUCCCUUUGGUUGCUGGCGCCGCAAAACUACCAUACAGCUACAUUUCUAUAGUUCAGAUUGUAAUUGCCUGGUGA